CUCAUGAAUUAUUAAGCGCAGCUUGUGCCUAUUUUAGUCCGACUCAAAAUGCUGCAUUUUCAUCCGUGGGUCGGAGGCAGUGUGCAAGGGUGUUUCUUUUUCUUUUUUUCUUUCUCCCUUUUUUUAUUUGACAGCUGUAUUACUGCUGAUAAGCGAGGACUGUGUGAGCUGAUCAAGUAGUGAGACAAGCGUUCAGAGCAGCAGCAGCAGCAGCAGCGCUCCAGUCACCAGGAGCCGAGGCGACACAAGCAGCAGCAUCAGCACCAGGAGAGGCAGCAUCAAACUCUCUCCUCUCCAUUCGCCCUUCUUCCUGGAGUUGCUUCCUGCUCAGAGGACCAAACAACCACAACCACAACAACCACAACAACAACAAAAAAGCCUAACGAAGUACAGGAGACAAGUGAUCCGGGCGAGAUAGCUGCCAAAUAAGAACGCACCCAAAACGCAGACCUGGCUGCCCCCAUGCCUAUCGAAUUUGUUUGCAAAAUCAAAUUUGCAGAGGAGGAUGAGAAGCAGAAAGGCAAGCAGGACGGGGACAGGGAGAGCCUGAUCGAGGAGAGCUGCACACCUCCGGCUAAGGACUUGGCCGUGUUUGCCAAGUCCUGCUCUCUUCAUGGGAUUAACCACAUCUUCGUCUCGGGGCGCCUCGGCAUCCGGCAGACCCUGUGGGCUCUCGCCUUCCUCACCUCCCUGGCACUGUUCCUCUACCAAGCGGCCAAGUGUGCCAUCUCCUACCUGGAGCACCCGCACGUCACGGCGCUGAACGAGGAGGCGAGCCCGGAGAUGGUUUUCCCCGCCGUGACCAUCUGCAACAUCAACCGCUUUCGCUUCUCCGCGCUCACCGACGCCGACAUCUACCACCUGGCGAACCUGACGGGUCUGCCGCCGAAGAACAAGGACGGCCACAAGCCGACCGACCUGAUGUACCCGGCCCCCGACAUGCAGGACAUCUUCAACAGGACCGGACACCAGCUGGAGGAGAUGCUCAAGAGCUGCAAUUUCAGUGGACACAACUGUUCGGUGGAGGACUUCUCCGUGGUUUAUACCAGAUACGGGAAAUGCUACACCUUUAAUGGUAACAGGACAACAUCCAGGAAAAGCAAGCAGGGUGGAAUGGGAAACGGGCUGGAGAUCAUGUUGGAUAUCCAGCAAGAUGAGUAUCUGCCCAUCUGGAGAGAGACAAACGAGACGUCCCUGGAGGCCGGCAUCCGAGUUCAGAUCCACAGUCAGGACGAGCCUCCCCUCAUCCACCAGCUGGGCUUCGGCGUCUCUCCGGGCUUCCAGACCUUUGUUUCAUGCCAGGAGCAGAGGCUGACCUACCUGCCCCAGCCGUGGGGGAACUGCCGCUCCGCCAGCAAGGAGAAGUUCCCGGGAUACGACACAUACAGCAUCAGUGCCUGCCGCUUGCUCUGCGAGACCAACGAGGUGCUGCGCGUGUGCGGCUGCAGGAUGGUGCACAUGCCCGGAACCGCAGCUAUCUGCCCUCCCAGUAAAAUCAACUGUGUUGAUAGAGCACUCGCGCAGCUCCAGAAGAACACUGGGGACACGUGUCCAUGCGAGACGCCCUGUAAUCUCACCCGCUACGGGAAAGAGCUCUCCAUGGUCAAGAUCCCCAGCAAGGGCUCCGCUCGCUAUCUCUCCAGGAAAUACGACAAGUCAGAAGACUACAUCAGAGACAACUUCCUGGUCUUAGAUAUCUUCUUCGAAGCUCUCAACUAUGAAACCAUUGAGCAAAAGAAAGCCUACGACGUCGCAGGUUUAUUGGGUGACAUUGGCGGACAGAUGGGCUUAUUCAUUGGAGCCAGCAUCCUGACAGUCUUAGAAAUAGUGGAUUAUAUCUAUGAGAUGAUUAAGCACCGGCUACAACGUCUGCUGAGGCCGAAGAAAGACGACAAGAAGAACAAGAACAAGCAGCCGACCAGCACUGUUGCAACAGUGGGUCUGGAGGACUCCAAAGCAAAGCAGGAGCCAAACGACACGUCACGGAGUCACCCGGAGGGGGCGUACGCCAACACGAUCCUCCCCAACAGCCACCACCCUGUCCCGCACCCCCACCCCCACCACCACCAACAACAACAACAGCAACAACAACAACAGCAACGCCACCACCACGCCGGGCGCCACGGGGUUUUCGAGGACUUCGCUUGCUAGAGCCAACCCGCCAUUUUCCGGUCCUGGUGACACCAAAAGAUUUAAUUAACGUCCAUGUUCAGACCCCCUCCCCCCUCUUGGCAAUUUCUGUCGCUCUUUUGCUGUCACCAGUGAAAAGCUACAGCCAAAGUCCAACACCAAACUGGUGCUGCUAACAGAAGCACUUAUACGUACGCACAAAUCAGACAUUUGUUUUUCUUUUCUCUGGUUGGGACACCUCUGGACUUUGUGCAUCAGGACCAGUUGCCGCUAGACGAUGGCAACGGGCGGACAAGAGGACUGCGUAAACUCCAAUGAUUUAUUUAUUCUGCUAGCGUCUCUGAUUUUUUUAUUUCUUUUUUUUCCCCCGCCUGCAUUUAUCUCUCCUCCGACUGUUGCAUCACGGAAAACUCACUGUACCAUGAAAAGCCAUUAUGUAAUUAUUUAAAGACAUGCUAUAAUAUAUAUAUGUUUUAUAUUAUAUACCAGGUGAGAGUACUUAGAAAAUCUCACUCGAGUUCCGUCCAUCUAAAGGAUGAGGGGAUAUAUUUAGGUUGUAGACCUUUGCUUUAGAUCUAGCAGCAUCUUUCCACAUGAUACACUUUGUCUGGUUUGUGGUAAAGGUGUUAGAAAGUAGCAUUGUACCUGUACAUAAAGUCCAACUUUAAAAGGAGAAAGUUCUAAAGUUCUGUUUCAAUGGUUGUCGUUUAUAUUCAGUUAAUAUGUAACCCAUGUAAUAUAAAUAUGAGUUAUUUAUACAUUCAGAGAUGACUUUUAUAUGACAAUAUAGCGCUCAUGAUUGUAGCAAAUACUUACACGUACAAUCUGCAGAUAUGUUAGACUGCCAAACAUCAAUACAUUUGUAAGGAUAACAAAAACGGACUGUUUGGAUCGUCACUAUUAUCUCCAUCUUUUUCUUUUCGUGCGUCCUGCUUUCCCAAGAAGAGACGCAAAUCCUGGAUGACAAGUGGACAUCUUCAGUUAUGAAAUUGUCGUUUCUUACAUUCUUCUUCUUAUUCAAUUCAGUUCUGCCCACCAUCCCCUCUUCACUUUGGUUGGCAUCAUCACUUUGAGCUGACAUAAGCAAUAAGAAACUGAAUUUUAUUUUUUGCCGAGUCAUCUGCUUCAGCUUGUGGGCCCUCUGUAAAAGUGUAGCAGCAAUUUACUAUGUAGACCCGGCAUCAAUACUCGUGUGUGUGUGUGUGCGUGUGUGUGUGAGUGUUUGUUUGUGCACUUCAACAUUUUGCACACAUGAGUGAACAUAUUGGGCUGAUGCGACUCGGCAGAAAAAAAUAAAUGUUUGAAAAUGGAACUAGUGAGCAAAAAAAGCAUUGAGCUUUAUUGCAAUAGUAAGGUUUUUAUCUAAUAAAUUAGAGUUAGGACAGCGCAGGGUUAGAUAAAAAGAAAUGGCCCUGGAGGCCAAAAUAUUCUUACUGGGUAACUUAAUCCUCAAUAGAUGAGACAAUGACAUGCUAUUUGCAUGUCAUUGUCUCAUCGCAUGUUAGCAAAGUGGGAUUGGAAAAUAAACAAAAAAUGGAUCCCUGAUUCCCACAUCCUCAUGUUGGUUGGUACCUGCUCAUUUGCCCGUAGACACUGCAGGAACUUUAGAUUUCCCAUAGCCUGAUCUUUUAAGAAGGUCUGAGGCUUCUGGUUCAGCUUCUUUGUGUGUAACUCGUUGUAGAGGGAAAGGUUCUGGAUGGCCGUCACCACUACACUGUCAGAUAAGAAGUGGCACAGACGCCAACAGGGGAAGUAGAACCAGGGAUUCAUUUUCACUCACAGCUGUCGGUGGUUAAAAAUGAGGUCAGCCCUCUAUAAAAUCCUCUAUAGCUUCCCAUGCUUCUCUACUUGCGUAACAGCCAUUUCUCUGGUAUUGCUUUUUUUAAAUAUUGGUUGUCUUGCUCAAUAUGAUAAAGUAUCUGCUGCUACUUGGUCAUCUUGGUCAUUUUUAUUAUGUUAAGACACAUCUGCUUUGAUCGAUCCCCAUUAAGCACUGAAAGGACCUGGAAGCUGCAUUUAAUUUAAUCCGUUGCUUCGGGCACUUCUGUAGAAAAUGAGAGGUGGAAACAAGCAACUUCUGUUAAGUUCUUGCAGGGAAAGACGAUCUACAUAGCUUGAUUAUCCAAACAAUCUGGCAUAACUUGACACCUUCCUUUGUCUCUAUAGAAAGAGUUUACUGGGCUCACUUCUCGAUCCCACACCUUUAUCAAUGGGCUGCAGUUUAAUAUUACUUACGGUAUUGUUCUUUCUUGUUUGUUGUCAUCCAAGAAGCCUUCAGGAAAGUGCAUUCCAAAAGGAUGCAAUGCCAGAGAUGUGGUUUUUCUUAAAUAACUCUCAACCACAGAUAUUGAUUGACCUUGUACUGUAUCAGCACAGUAAUUGAUUAAUUGGGAAUGUUAAGUCACAAUACAGUUGUUAAGCUACAAAAAGAGCAAAGUCACAGGACAAUUUAUUUAUGGAGACGUUGAUCGGGUUUCCCUCAAAGCAUCAGAGCAACUUAUUUGCCGUCAUGAAGCAGUUUGGGCUUAACAUAAAACCACAUCCUGUUUUGUUACUGAUUGUAAUCAAAUUAGGUGACUGCACAAAUCAAACGAGCGUCAUCUCAUUUAACAAUGCACUCUGCAUGCCACGCAUCACGGUUGUAAAGGGAUCGCAUCAAAUACAACACAAGGUUUCUGUUCCUUUGAUCGGCGCAUUCUGCUGCAGCAGCAUC